AUGAUUGCUGCGCUUGUCAUUAUUGUAUUUGCUGGUGCUAACGUUAAAUUAGCUGCUGCAGCAGUUGCAGCUGUUGUGACGACAACGGUACCUAUCGGCGCAUUAGCGUUCGUUGCAGUUACCGGCCUAGCCAAAGUUGAGUUGAUUGCUGCAAUGAGUGCUGCGCUUGUCAUUAUUGUAUUUGCUGGUGCUAACGUUAAAUUAGCUGCGGCAGCAGUUGCAGGUAUUGGUGACGUCGUAUUUGGUACUGGUGCAAUGGUCACUGUUCCUGACAGUGUCGUAUUCGUUGGCGCUACAGUAAAAUUAGCUGCUGUGAUGUUUGCUGCUGAUGCUGCCACUAUUGUAUUCGCUGAUGCUAACGACGGAGUUGCUGUUCCUAGGGCGGUUACGCUUGUUAGCGAGACGGUGGAAUUGGCCAUUGUAAUUGUAGAAUUAGUUACGAUGGGCACUGCUGAGAUUGUUGUAUUCGCUGGUGAGACAGUCGAGUUAAGCAUUGUGAUAGCUGCUGCACUUAGCGCCGCCGUUGAGACAGUAGCAUUUGCAAGUAAUAGAGUUGCACCUCCUGCCACUGUUGUAUUUGCUGGUGCUAACGUAGAAUUGACUACGGCAAUAGUUGCUGCUCCUGCCACUGCUGUAUUUGCUUGUGUUGACGUCAAAUUGGCCACUGCGAUUGUUGUUGCUACUGCCACUGUUGCGUUUGCCGUUAUAAGAGUAAGAUUAGCUAAUGCAGUUGCUGCUGGCACUGUUGUAUUUGCUAGUAAGAUAGUCGAGUUAGCCGUUAUGGUAGUUGCUGCCCCUAGCGCGGUUGUACUUGUUGAUGAGAUAGUAGAAUUAGCUAGUGCAAUGGUCACUGUUCCGGGCAUUGUUGUAUUUGCUGUUGCACCUUCUGCCACUGUUGUAUUUGCUGAUGCUAACGUAGAAUUGACUACAGCAAUAGUUGCUGCUCCUGUCACUGCUGUAUUUGCUUGUGUUGACGUCGAAUUGGCCACUGCGAUUGUUGUUGCUCCUGCCACUGUUGUGUUUGCCGUUAUAAGAGUAAGAUUAGCUAAUGCAGUUGCCGCUGCCACUGUUGUAUUUGCUGGUAGGAUAGUCGAGUUAGCCGUUAUGGUAGUUGCUGCUCCUAGUGCGGUUGUACUUGUUGAUGAGAUAGUAGAAUUAGCUAAAGCAAUGGUCACUGUUCCGGGCACUGUUGUAUUUGCUGUAGCUCCUGUCACUGUUAGGUUUGCUGGUGCUAAAGUCGAAUUGAUUGCUGUAGUUGCUCCUGCCACCGUUGUAUUUGCUGUUACUGCAUUUGUUGUUGCUCCUGCCAUUGUCGUGUUUGCUAGUGCCGUCAAAUUACUUACUGCAGUAGUUGCCGCUCCUACCACUGUUAGGUUUGCUGGUGCUAAAGUCGAAUUAAUUACUACAGUUGCUCCUGCCACCGUUGUAUUUGCUGCUGACGUCAAAUUAGUUACUGCAUUAGUUGUUGCUCCUGCCACUGUCGUGUUUGUUGGUGCUGUCAAAUUACUUACUGCAGCAGUUGCCGCUCCUGUCACUGUUAGGUUUGCUGGUGCUAAAGUCGAAUUAAUCACUGCAGUAGUUGCUCCUGCCACCGUUGUAUUUGCUGGUGCUAACGUGGAAUUAGCUACAACAAUAGUUGUUGUAUUUGUUGGUGAUAGAGUAGAAUUAGCUGGUGCUAGUAUUCCUGGCGCAGUUAUAUUCGCUGGUGAUAUAGACGAGCUGGCCCCCGUUAUGGUAGAUGCUGCUCCUGGCAGGGUUAUAUUCGUUAGCGAGACAAUAGUCGUGUUAGCCGUUGCGGUAAAUACUGUCCCUGGCACGGUUAUAUUCGUUAGCGAGACAGUAGGAUUGGUUACCGCAGUAGUUCCUGCUCCUGACGCUGUUGUGUUUGUUGGUGCUAACGUCGAAUUACCGUUAACGAUAGUUGUUGCUCCUGCCACUGUUGCAUUUGUU